AUGGAAGGACUGCAUAUUGCCAUGAAUGGGGCGUGUGAGAAAGGGAUUUUCAAAGGAUGGCAAAUUCCAAAUGACAAUCGAUGCGUGUCUCAUCUCUUUUAUGUGGAUGACGCACUCUUUGUGGGAGAAUGGAGUGCUGAAAAUAUAAAAAAUCUCGCAAGGAUUCUCCGAUGCUUCCAUGUAUCCUCGGGUCUCCAAGUCAACUUCAACAAAUCUCGAGUCUUUGGGGUUGGGGUCGAGCCUCAGGAAAUAGCUAAUCUUGCUGCACCACUUGGAUGUGAACCUGCUAAACUCCCAUUCACAUACCUAGGUGUCCAUGUGGGGGCAAACAUGAACCUCAAAAAGCAUUGGCGCCCUGUAAUUGAAAGAUUCCGCUCAAGACUUAGCUCAUGCAAAUCCAAGACGCUGUCACUAAAGGGACGCCUUACACUAUCCAAGGUUGUCCUUGGCAGCUUACCCACCUUUUACUUCUCACUGUUUGUUGCCCCUGCAGGUGUCAUUAAAACUUUGGAAAAGCUUCGUCGGAAUUUUCUCUGGGGUGGUGCGGAGGAAUCGAGGAAGAUAAAUUGGGUCAAUUGGCAGAAUGUAUUAUCCCCAAAAAACGUAGGUGGGCUUGGACUUGGAUCGCUGAAGGCACUUAAUUUAGCCCUGAUCCUGAAAUGGUGGUGGCGACUCAAGGUUGAUGGAACAAGCCUAUAG